CUGAACGCACUUUUUUUUUUUUAAAUAGGUUUCAGGCUGGCUGUACGCUACGAGCUUUAUUGGUGCCCUCCACUUAAGAACAUUAUGUUUUAUCACUUGAUGUAUGAGUUCUUUGCACGCACCGUCACCGGGUGCGAUUUACACGCUAUUUUGGAGGCUGAUUCCGGCUAACUCUGCCUACGUGAAUCCAAAGGAGCGUGCGAGUGUUAAUAUCGAGCGCAACUUAGGAAACAGGCUCGUAUUUACUUCGUGUAGCACGCAGCAAAUUUACAGGAAUGGCAGACGAGGCUCUGUUUGAAUUUCUCCAUAUGGAGAUCGUGUCCCAUGUUUACAAGGAGCAGCAACCCAGUAAAGGAGAGAUGGACAACAAGGACAGAGCUGUCUGUGUGUCUGUCCUCGAAGGCAUGGGCUUCAGGGUGGGACAAGGACUCAUUGAGAGGUUGACUAGGGACUCUCCCAGCUUUAAGGAUGAGUUGGAUAUAAUGAAGUUCAUCUGCAAAGACUUUUGGACAAAGGUGUUCAGGAGGCAGGUUGACAACCUCCGAACAAACCACCAGGGUACCUAUGUUCUACAGGACAACAAGUUUGCUCUGCUGGUUCAGCUCUCCAGCGGAAAACAGUACCUGGAUCAGGCUCCUAAGCACCUCGCCUUUUCAUGUGGCAUGGUGAGAGGAGCACUGUCUAACCUAGGUCUGGACAGUGUGGUGACAGCUGAGGUCUCUGUCAUGCCAUCCUGUAAAUUCCAGGUGGUGAUCCAGAAGUUGUGACCCGAUCCUCUAUGCUACCCUAGUGCUGAUGAACAGGGCCCUGAGGGGCGCUGUUAAUCCAAAAGAGAGGAUAGCACUUCCUGUCCUCCGACUGAGCAAUUCAACCACAGAGGGAAUCAAACACCACCCUGACUUCCACAGUUGGGGCAAACAGGACUAGCCGGUUUUUGCUGAUAUCCUGGUACCCUUGGCAGGGUUAGCCAGAGCUUACCUUUUAUUUGUGGUACUCUGAUACAGAACAACAUUUGUUGAAUCCCUUUUGCAUCUUGAUUUUGAUGUAGAUGUUUUCCCCACUUGAGCUAAGUAAUGUAUGAUGUUCUCAACUUUAGUUUUAACUAAAUAAGUGGAGCCUGGCCCGGACUGACCCCACUUAGCCAGGCUUUGAGAAGUAUUGUCUGUCAGUGGCUGUGAAUACAAUAAUGUGAAUGUGAAUGUAUUGUUAAUGACAAGGUAAUUUAAUUUCCUUUGUAAUGUGUUGCAGUGUUGAGUCAGACUGAGUGCUUACUAAGAAAAAAUUGAAAAAGAAAAAACUUAAGGCAGAACGAUCAGCAGAAUCUUGGAUAAGACAUCACUUUAGAUGAUAUUGUGAACUAUCAACUGCCAAACCAUUUCGUUUAGCAUCCAUCCGGAUAUUAGCUAAUGAGCCUUUGAAAAUCUACAGAGCCCCCCUAGGGUCAUGUGAGAAAAGAAGAAAACCAUGUGUAAAUCUGUGGUAAACAACUUCUUUCUUCUGAGAACAAGGAAUGGAGCAUUUUGACAGCGACCGCAUUUGCCAAGUCAGUCUAAUUUAUCUAGAUUGAAGGGUAGAUUUGAUGCUACAUUGUCUUUUGCAUUUCGUUCCACAUCUAUCAUUGUGUAACGAUGUAUUUAUUGUGCUUUUCACGCCAAAACCUGAAGAAAGAAGUCGUUUACAAAUCUGUGGGCCCGGAUUACGAAUCCGAGAGGACGGUUCAUUACCCAUGCGAAAGGAUUUGUAUAUGACGAGUACAGAUUUACAAAUGCUGUUUUGUUUUGUUGUUUUUUUUUUUUUUUGUAUUCUCAGCUGACCCUAGACGGGCUCCGUAAAAAUCAUUACACCAGACACAUCAGAUUCAUUAUUCAGCACUUGUUUCUCUGUAACCAGCACCUGGUGCUUUGCUCUGCCUUGUAGCAGAUUGCCUUUAGGAGCUGGGUGAGUCAUAUAUGCUGGCAGUCAUUUAAAUAUCUUUUCAAUAUAAGGCAAAUUUUUAAUCCAGAGUGAGUCAUUAGUACAGCAAUUUCAGUUUAAUUAUGUUUGAUAUAUUAUUAGAUGUGAUAAGUUUCUAGGCCCAGCUUUUCUACGAAUGAAAGUGGAAUGACAGCUGCUUGUGAAGCAUCACUCUCUUCCUCUGUAGUGAUGUCUCAUUUCAAAGCUGACCACUCAGACUGGGUUUACAGGUUUUUUUUCUACUAAGAUGUACAUUUUUGUCCUUUUAUACAACAUUGAUAUACAAAUGUAUAUUACUGAGAUUUUCAAACUAUACAGUAAGCUACAAAUGAGUCAUGUUGUAAGGCUUUGAACUCAGUUUACAUGGAUUUCUGGGUGACACCUUGCUUUGCAUAAAAGUCUCCUCAAAUAUGAGUCUUAGAACAGCUUAACACAGCAUAAGCCGUAAGUGUGUGGUGUUCUUGUUAUUUAUUUUUUAUUCUCAAUUAAACAUUUUGUUCAAAUGGAAUAAUAAUGUUCUGACAAAAACAACAAGGCCUGUUGAAAAAAGAAAAGACGAAGAAAUUCACCUCUCUGGUUGAUGUAGUUGCCUCUUUGUGCCACUAGAGGGACACAUAAAGCUGUCAUUAUUCUCAUGUCUGUUGCUUUACCAGUUUACCAUGUUACCAAGUUACGUCCAGUGUCACCUUGUCUGCUGUCCCUUGUUGUCUCAAAUCUCCAGUUUAUCGUUUUGUACUCCCAGUGUAUGUGUGGGAGCAAGGAGAACGCAUAGUUGAACAAACUUGGCUGUAAAUUGCCAUGAAAACACCCCUUGUGUAUUUGCAUGAUGUGUCUUGUGUCAAAGAAAUCUUGAACAGCAAAGAAUCAUCACAGUUUCUUCCAUUAAGUCUUCAAAUAUUUGUUAUUGAUACAAUUAACCUGUGAUUGGUAUGUGCACAUAAGAUGUGCACAUACCAACUGCACAUCCUUUUUUUUCAUUCAUGGUGUGUUAAUUCUUAAAAAUAAUCAAAAUAAAUUGUCACAUUAUUGACUUGAAAAAAGGAACUAAAAGAUCAUGUUGCAACAAGAAAAAUUAUGCCAAAAAUUCAGAACUUGUCCACGUUUUCACGGCACUGUAAAGAUCAGACAAAAUGCACAUGGAGGAGAACUGUUUGGUUUUAUUGUUCUACUGUAAACUGAUGUGUUACCUUCUCUCUUUAUUACUCCUCUACUUAACAACACAUUUCACAGUGUGCACUAGCAAAAGCUGUUCAAUCUACCAUCAUCCCUGCUUAAGUUAUAAAUAUUUAUCUCAUGUUUCUGAUCCAUAUCAUGAGCUUGGUAUUAGGAGGUUCUACUGUAUGUGAGUGCACUGCACUUCUGAGGUAUUCAUUUUAAAAGUUUUGUCCCAGCAGGCUCAACUCUAACUUUACAUUUACAAGAAAAUCAUGGUCAAUCGUAGCUCUAAGUUAGCAUUCACAAUGAGCUCAACCAGGUUCAGUCAAAUCCAUCAUCAGAUUUGGUACAUAUAUUUUAAAGUUUGGGUAUUAGCCCUCUGGGUUUUCGUUAUAGUUGUGUUUUGGUAUGGGACCACUGACAUUAUUGCGCUAGCUGGAUUAUGUUGCUCACUCUGCUGUUACUUUAGUCUCUGCUCUGAUAAAGUAUCCCUGGCUCUGUUCCAGUAUUCCACUGCCAUCAGUGUAAUAAUUUGAAGAAUUAGAGGUCUCUACAUGAAACUUUAUCCAUUAAAUGUGCCCCCAACGUGUCUGUCGCUCAGGCGGGGACCUGAAAAACUGCUGCGGAUGCUUCAUUCCCAUAUUUGCUCUUACUGCUGUGUCAUUACAAUCCAUAUUAGACCCAACUUGGAAGUUGUAUUUUCCCAUACAAGGAGAAACCCCAGCCUCAGUAUUUCAUUGAAUAUUUGACACAAUGGUGCUAAUAAGGGCUGUCAGUAGCGUGGGGCAAAAUCAUGCUCACUAGCCAGUUAAUUUAGAUCACCUCAUGCACAUAUACGUUUAGGCAAUAGUGCAUAAAUCUAAACAUGCUUUCUUUUUAAAACACAGUAGAUGAUAAACAGAUAUCCUAGAAAGCAUAGCCAAAGUUUGGCUGUGUUAAUGGCAACGAUAAAAAUUUAAAAGUUUUGUUUAUAUCGUAGUUUUGAA